AUGGCUGUCGACCCAAAGAGAGUGUUAUUGCCGACGAUCCGUCGCGUGCCCAAUGAAGCUGCUGCGUCUUUUUGUUGUCACCUUGCCAGCAUUCGCGUCGCUGGGUGGCCAACCUACCUGCGUCAGAGCGUGUGGGUGCCACUUCAUCUCGCCACCACCGCGGCAAGCCGCCGAGGCGCGGCGAGCUCGACAUCUCCGACCAAUGGCACCGAGGCUGCAUGGCGCACCAAACAAGCUCAACCGUUUCCCCCCCCCUCCUUCCUGGCCUCCGUGUCCGCUCGCACACAAGCUUUGGCUCUCGGUGCACCUGCCGAACGCCAUGGCUUGCUCGUUGCCAGCACCGAGAUUCGACCGCUCGCCGGCCGUUCGCCUGAAGCGCUUCGCUUUUCCCACACAGACGCACAAGGCCUCCUCCGAGACGGCACGCUGCGUGUCAACCUAGCGCUCGUCUGCCCGCUCGACCGCGGAAGCAUCCUGCCUCGGCCGCCUGCUGCUCGUCGUGUUCAGAGCUCUUCGCAACACGCUCCCUACUCGUACUGA